AUGUCCGGUCGCGGCAAGGGUGGCAAGGUCAAGGGAAAGUCCAAGUCCCGCUCCUCCAGGGCUGGACUCCAGUUCCCCGUCGGAAGGAUCCACCGUCUUCUCCGCAAAGGAAACUACGCUGAACGUGUCGGUGCUGGUGCUCCAGUGUACCUAGCCGCCGUGAUGGAAUACCUGGCCGCUGAGGUCCUGGAAUUGGCAGGAAAUGCUGCCCGUGACAACAAGAAGACAAGAAUCAUCCCCCGUCACUUGCAGUUGGCCAUCCGUAACGACGAGGAGUUGAACAAGCUCCUUUCCGGCGUUACCAUCGCCCAGGGAGGUGUCCUGCCUAACAUCCAGGCUGUGCUCCUGCCCAAGAAGACCGAA